AUGAGUGGGCGGAUUGUGAGUGACGAGGGAGCGGAACAGUUGGGACAGCGAAACGAGAACGUAGCACCGUCCUCGAAGGUAGGUGUGCCACCGAAGAAAAACGUAUGGGAAGAAUUUAAUUCUGUGGUGAAAGAGACAUUUUUCUCUGAUCAGCCUCUUCGCCAUUUUAAAGAUCAACCUAAGGGCAAGAAAGUUGCUCUAUUUUUCCAAGGCCUCUUCCCCAUAUUCCAAUGGGGAAGGGGAUACAACUUUAGAAAGUUCAAAGGAGACCUCAUUGCUGGCCUAACUAUUGCUAGUCUUUGCAUUCCUCAAGACAUCGGAUACGCCAAGCUCGCCAAUUUGCCCGCUGAAAAUGGACUUUAUAGCAGUUUUGUCCCCCCGUUGGUAUACGCCGUGAUGGGGAGCUCUAGGGAUAUUGCAAUUGGCCCCGUUGCGGUCGUAUCCCUUUUGCUCGGGACGCUGCUGAGGCAAGUGUACGACCCGACGAAGGAAUUGGAGCAGUACAAGCGGUUGGCUUUCACGGCGACUUUCUUCGCCGGAGUAACUCAAUUGGCUCUAGGGUUCCUCCGACUCGGAUUCUUGAUUGACUUUCUGUCACAUGCCGCGAUUGUCGGGUUCAUGGGUGGCGCCGCCGUGACCAUCGCCCUUCAGCAGCUGAAAGGUCUUCUUGGCAUAGUAAACUUCACCAAGAAAACUGAUAUCAUUUCUGUGAUGCAAUCUGUUUGGAGUAAUGCGCACCAUGGGUGGAACUGGCAGACUAUACUCAUAGGGGUUUCAUUUUUGGCCUUCCUUUUGGCUACAAAAUACAUUGGCAAGAAAUACAAGAAACUAUUCUGGAUACCAGCCAUUGCCCCCUUAACAUCUGUUAUACUUUCCACAUUUUUUGUGUAUAUCACUCGAGCAGAUAAACAUGGAGUUCAGAUUGUAAGACACUUAGAUAAAGGAAUAAAUCCACCAUCCCUUCAUGAGAUAUUCUUCCAUGGAGACGAUCUUACCAAAGGUUUCAAGAUUGGAGUGAUUGCUGGUUUGAUUGCCCUCACGGAAGCAGUGGCAAUUGCAAGAACAUUUGCAGACCUAAAAGACUAUGAGAUUGAUGGUAACAAAGAAAUGAUGGCUCUUGGAACCAUGAACAUCGCUGGCUCCAUGACUUCUUGCUAUGUAGCCACAGGAUCGUUCUCUCGUUCAGCAGUGAACUACAUGGCCGGCUGCAAUACACCGAUGUCGAACAUCGUCAUGGCAUGUGUUGUUCUCUUGACAUUAGAGGUCAUCACACCCCUUUUCAAGUACACCCCUAAUGCCAUUCUCGCCUCCAUCAUUAUUUGCGCCGUCAUCGGUCUCAUCGACAUCGACGCCAUGAUUUUGCUUUGGAAGAUCGACAAAUUCGACUUCAUUGCUUGCAUGGGGGCUUUCUUUGGCGUCGUCUUUGAUUCCGUUGAGAUUGGUCUUCUCAUUGCUGUUAGUUUGUCAUUGUUCAAAAUUCUAUUGCAAGUAACAAGACCGAGAAUUGCGUUGCUUGGGAAGCUCCCAAAGAUUCCUAUUUUUAGAAACAUUUUGCAAUACCCUGGGGCAAAGAAGAUCGCCGGAGUUCUAAUGGUUAGGGUUGAUUCUUCAAUAUACUUCUCCAAUGCCAAUUAUGUCAAAGAAAGGAUACUGAGAUGGCUGGCAGAUGAAACAGAGAAGCUAGAAGACCAGUCUUUGCCGAUCAAUGUUGUGGUCGUUGACAUGUCUCCCGUAUCCGACAUCGACACAAGCGGCAUCCAUGCCUUGGAGGGUUUGCACUCUCAUUUGCAUAAGAAGGAAAUUGAACUUGCACUUGCAAAUCCAGGCCCAGUGAUCAUGGAGAAGCUCUUAGCUGCAAACUUUGAUAAGGUCAUUGGAGAAGACAAAAUUUUCCUCAGUGUUAACGAAGCUAUUAAGAUUUAUGCUCCAAAUGCUGUUCUUGAUCCUUAA